AUGAAUCAUCACAAUAUCAUUAAUCGUACUAUCGUCAAUCACACUGGCUCAUCAUCCACUUUUCUAUCUUUUCAUGGAAUUCUCACCUCGAAAUGGAUUCGAAAUGAAUUUAAUAAAUCUCUUGAAGCAGAACAUAUCGUGAAAACAGAUUCCUUAAAGAAAUUUGAAGAAACUGUAUGCAACAUUAUUGAUUCUUCAAUUUAUAACUGUGAAGUGACAAAAGCAAUGCCAUUAGCUUCAUUAUUCAAUGAACUUCGUAUAUUGGUCGAGUCAACAGCACCAAAAGAUAUUCAAGAAAAAUUAUUCAAGAUAGUUGUCGAGCAAAUUGUUGAUCUUCGUUUAGCCGAAAACAAAUUGAUGGAAUUAUCCAGUCAAGUUACUGAUGUUCGUUCAGCUGUACAAAGUUUACAAGAACGUCAACAUGAACGUGAUGCUAUACUACUCAGGUCGAGCAUUACGAC